AUGAUAUUUCAUGAUCUGGCCAUGGAAGUAGAAGACUAUAUUUCAAUUGGUGAACAAGUUAAUGAUAAUAAAGUCAAUGAACUAGGAGAGGCUUAUCCAUCAAUACAUAUCAGAAGCCAAUUAUGUCGUCCAAAGGGAACUCAAUCCAAGAAAGCUGAGAGAUUCGCUGUUGAUGAUAUCUGUAUCAGAAAAAGAGGUACAUCCUCGGCAAUUAUGUGCCAGACACUCCCAAAGAAUAUAUUUUCCAAGCUAGAUUCAACGGCAUACAUUUCAUUUUUAGCGGAAGUUCGCAGACCUAGCCUGAGCGAAUCCCAGCCAUCAUCUCGCACACAUAGCCGAUCUCAAAAUGAGGUUUUUUAUCUUCAGUUGCAAAGCCUAUCUAUUGAAGUCCCAAUUACUGUGAAGCAACGUUCAAAAUCAGCCGAAUUAAGUCGAUUAUUUAGUUCAUCAAGUCCUCAGAGACCACCAAUCUAUUUUCCAGUACUACCCACAUUAAAUGAAAGACUCUUACCAAGCGAACAGAGGCUUUGUAGGCUAGACAAAAGACUGGUAGGAUGGGUAACCCAAACAAACCCAAUCAUGGAACAAUGGGAGAUUUAUGCUCGUGUUCACAAUCAUAUGAGGGGUUCAUUUGAUAGCAAAUGGGUGAUGAAACGGUUAAAUUCAAUUUAUCGCAGUAAAUCAUCAAACAGAGAUUUAUUGUUAAAGUGCCGGAUAUACAAUCGCCUUGAGAGAAUUAAGAAUAAAGAAAUUAGACUAGAUAGGACCCCAUGGGUUGAAGAUAAAUCUUUUGGGUGA